UUCCCAUUUUCUCACACAAUUGCAAACAGAUAAUUUUCUAUAUUUCCCCACCAACCCUAUUAUACUUCUGCUCAAUCAAAACCCACAUCCAAUCUAUAUAUUUUAAUUAUUCACAUCAACCAACAAACAAACACAUACGACAUGGAGAUUUUGUCUCAACUCUGGUCACUUCUUGGCCUCGUCACCGUGUUGCAGAACAUCCUUCCUUCUCAACUCCUCUCACUCUUGAAUUCCCUCUAUGAAUCUCUCCAAGAUUUGCUUUCUCCUUAUGCUUACUUCGAAAUCCCAGAGUUUAACGGCUACUGUGGCGUCGACGUUAACGACCUCUACCGCCAUGUGACCCUCUACAUGAACUCCCUCAACGCCUCCGCCUCCUGCCGCCGUCUCACACUCUCCCGUUCCAAGUCCUCCCCUGCCGUCACGUUCACCGUCGCCCCCAACCACUCCGUCCAUGACACCUUCAUGGGUCAAUCCCUCACCUGGACCCAUCAUGUUGAUACCCUCCAGGACUCUCUCGAUGAAAGACGCUCAUUCACCCUAAAGCUCCCUAAACGACUCCGCGCCACCCUCCUCUCCCCUUAUCUCCACCACCUCACCUCACGGGCCGAGCGAUUCGAGCGUCUCUCACGCGACCGUCGCCUCUAUACUAACAACGGCAACGCCUCUUACGACUCCGGCUGGGUCUCCGUCCCCUUCCGCCAUCCUUCCACUUUCGACACUCUCGCUCUCGACCCAAACCUCAAGAAGCAAAUCACUGACGACCUAACGGCUUUUUCCGACGCUAAAGACUUGUACCACCGCGUUGGCCGCGCAUGGAAGCGAGGGUAUCUUCUCUACGGCCCUCCCGGCUCGGGAAAAUCCAGCUUGAUCGCGGCCAUGGCUAAUUACUUAUGUUACGACGUGUACGAUCUUGAACUGACUAAAGUUACGGACAACUCGGAGCUCAGAGCUCUUUUAAUACAGACUACCAACCGGUCUAUUAUCGUCAUCGAAGACAUUGACUGUUCGGUUGAUCUGACGGCUGACAGGAGUACUCUCCCGAAGAGGAAGAGAUCAUCUGUACAGUCCCAUCGACGUGGUGGCCGAGGAGAUAAUGGAGAUGAUGACAAUGGGAGGGUUACGUUAUCAGGGCUCCUGAACUUCACCGACGGCUUAUGGUCAUGCUGUGGGGAGGAGAGGAUCAUCGUCUUCACCACCAACCAUAGAGAUAACGUGGAUCCUGCUCUUGUCCGGUGUGGUCGGAUGGAUGUUCAUGUGAAUCUUGGUACGUGUGGGGCUCAUGCGUUCAGGGUGCUAGCCAGGAACUACUUAGGGUUGGAAUCUCAUACGUUGUUCGACGUGGUGGAUAGCUGUAUUAGAUCUGGUGGGGCUCUCACUCCUGCACAAAUCGGGGAGGUAAUGUUAAGGAACAGAGUGGACGCUGACACGGCGAUGAAGGAGGUGGUGGCGGUCAUGCAGGCCAAGAUCCUCGGUAACACAGGCGGGACUCAAAGAGAGAGAGAGUUGACCAUCGAGUUCGACGAUCACACAACCAGGUCACCGGAGAGCGUCCUGGUAGUCGGUUCACCGGAGAACUGGGACUCCUCGCCGACGGGGAAGAGCAGUUGCGGGAAGAAGAGAGCCAAAGAAGGGUGCAUUAACAAUCACAGCAACAGCAAUAACCAUGGGGAGAAAAGGCUUAAGUUCUUGGUAAGGCUGAGGUCGUUGACCAAGUCUGACUCUGGUCGGAGAGGUGUUUGACUGUUGACUAUUACUGCCAAUGUGUUGAAUUUGUGGAUUUGUUUUGGGCCCCCUCGGUAUUGUGCAAUGCUAUUCGACCAAUUUUUUUUUUU